CAUGCGGGGGAAGACUCGCUUCAGGGAAAAGGAGGCUCUGUUCUAUACCUUAUACUAUCCCGAAAAUAGAGUUUGGCAAUUUGCCUCAAGCAUUGCAUCAUGGACCAUCAAGCUAUUUCGAUUAGUGAUGAUCACCAACUCUGUGAGCAAGGAAUUUUAACUCGUGGUUCGUGUCAGCUCGACGAUCAUCGGGGUUUCAGUUCAAGACGACGCUGCCACGACGUCAUCUC